AUGCACGCACAACAACAACAAUAUACAAGCGCAUACAAUACACCCAUGGCUGGCUGGCUAGCCAAAAUGACACCAUUGCCCUUUGGCAAGUCGCGAUGGCAAGAUCGAUUUUUUGUUCUUUUGGAUACUGAAUUGCGUUAUUACAAAGAUGAGCAUGUUGUAUCCCCAUCAGGUAUCCUAAAUCUUCGGCAGAUCCGUGGUGCUGUGGCGAUGGCUGUUGAUCAACAAUCCUACUGUAUCCGCCUCGAGCCGCAUCGUGAAGCACAUAUCAAACCAUGGACCAUCGCUUGCCGAUCAUCAAUUGAUUUGCAAACAUGGCUUGAUAUUCUACGUCAACGUCUUGAUCGACUUGUCCCUCUCAUGUCGUCACCCGAUACAACGAGUAUUAUUACCACAACCAUCACUGCAACAUCAUUAUCCAUCUCUCUUAAACGUCCAUCAUUUUCAUGGCUACGCAAACAAAAGCAUUCUACGUCUGAUAUCAACGUAUCAUCAGAACCACUGUAUCAUGCCAUUACCCAUGACGAUUGUAUUCCACGUCCACGACCUAGGAAAAUGGGUCCGGCACCAUCCUUGUCUCGACGACGAGGUAUCGUCCUUCCACCCAUCAUCAUUCAAGAUUCACCUUUCUACGAAUCCGGCAGUCUAUGCUUAUCAUCAUCACCUUCCGACAUUUCAUCAUGCUCUUCGUUGUCAUCCUAUGGCGUUGACAAUACUUACAAUGGAUUGACAACACCUUUACAUCCACCACCACCACAUCAGCAUCAUUUGUCACGCAUGCUUAAUGAAGGCGAUAAGAGCGACAAGCAUCAUACUGCGACAGCUGGAUUGCGUAGUAUGCCAAGUCUUGCUAAGCUCAAGGUCCAGGAUGAAGACGCAUCCCCUUCAUUUCUCCAUUACAAGGAGCGAUUCCACCUUGCAUAA